GAAAUGAGAACAGCGAGGCGCUGCCCGAGUCCAUCCCCUCAGCCCCGGGGACUCUGCCCCAUUUUUUGGAAGAACCGGACGAUUCCUACAUCAUCAAGAGCAACCCCAUCGUGCUGCGCUGCCGCGCYGUGCCCGCCAUGCAGAUUUUCUUCAAGUGCAACGGGGAGUGGGUGCACCAGAACGAGCACACGUCCCACGAGAGCCUGGACCCCUCCCCAGGGCUGAAGGUGCGCGAGGUUUCCAUCAACGUCUCGAGGCAGCAGGUGGAGGAUUUCCACGGCCCCGAGGAUUAUUGGUGCCAGUGCGUGGCCUGGAGCCACCUGGGCACCUCCAAGAGCAGGAAGGCGUCGGUGCGCAUCGCCUAUUUGCGGAAGAAUUUCGAGCAAGACCCCCAAGGCAAGGAGGUUCCCAUCGAGGGGAUGAUCGUCCUGCACUGCCGACCCCCCGAGGGCGUCCCUGCGGCCGAGGUGGAGUGGCUGAAGAACGAGGAGCCCAUCGACUCCAACCUGGAYGAGAACAUCGACACCAGGGCCGACCACAACCUCAUCAUCCGCCAGGCGCGCCUGUCCGACUCGGGCAACUACACCUGCAUGGCCGCCAACAUCGUGGCCAAGAGGAGGAGCCUGUCGGCCACCGUGGUGGUCUAUGUGAACGGGGGCUGGUCCUCGUGGACWGAGUGGUCGAGCUGUAACGCGCGCUGCGGCCGCGGUUGGCAGAAACGCUCGCGCACCUGCACCAACCCCGCGCCCCUCAACGGCGGCGCCUUCUGCGAGGGAAUGUCCGUGCAAAAGGUCACCUGCACCUCGCUGUGCCCCGUGGACGGGAGCUGGGAGGUGUGGAGCGAGUGGUCAGUGUGCAGCCCCGAGUGCGAGCACCUGAGGGUGCGGGAAUGCGCCGCCCCCGCCCCCAGGAACGGCGGCAAAAACUGCGAGGGACUGAGCCAGGAGUCGGAGAACUGCACCGAGGGGCUCUGCAUCCAAGGACAGGGUCCUUGCCGUGUCCCCUGUGUCCCCGCCAACCCCGCUGUGCCUGUCCCUGUCCCCGCAGGUAACUCCCUGCUCCUGAACUCGUCCCUGCAGCCCGAGCUGACCGUCAGCCGCACCUACAGCGGCCCCAUCUGCCUGCAGGACCCKCUGGACAAGGAGCUGAUGACGGAAUCGUCGCUCUUCAACCCCCUGUCCGACAUCAAGGUCAAGGUGCAGAGCUCCUUCAUGGUGUCCCUGGGGGUGACCGAGAGGGCCGAGUUCCACGGGAAGGGAGGGGCCAUUCCUGAGGAGAGCUCCUGCGAGAUCUACCUGGCCAUCAGCCACAGGGAGUGCAGCCUGGAGCCCGAGGGCCCCGAGGUGCUGCUGGGCCCCGAGGUGAGCUGCGGGCCCCCCGAGCUGCGGGUCAGCACCCCGAUCGCCCUGAGCAUCCCGCACUGCGCCCACGCCGACCCGCAGCACUGGAGCAUCCGCCUCAAGAGGAGGACGCCCCACGGCAAGUGGGAGGAAGUGAUGUCUGUGGAAGAGGAAACUACUUCUUGCUACUGCCUGUUGGAUCCUUAUGCCUGUCACAUUCUCUUAAACAGCUUUGGAACUUAUGCCCUAAUUGGGGAACCCAUCUCAGACUGCGCCGUUCGACAGCUGAAAGUCGCCGUUUUUGGCUGCCUGUCUUGCAAUUCCCUGGAUUACAAUCUGAGGGUUUAUUGUAUGGAUAACACCCCUUGUGCAUUCCAGGAAGUGGUUUCGGAUGAGCGGCUCCAGGGCGGGCAGCUGCUGGAGGAGCCCAAAYUGCUGCAUUUCAAAGGGAACAGCUGCAGCCUGCAGAUCUCGGUGCUGGACAUCCCUCCCUUCCUGUGGAGAAUCAAACCCUUCACGGCCUCUCAGGCUGACAGAGAGAACGGCACCUUUUUUGCUCACGAGGACGGCGAUUUCCCGGCCCAGCUCGGCCCCAAAGCGUUCAAAAUCCCGCAGUCGAUCCGGCAGCGCAUCUGCGCCACUUUCGACGCGCCCGGAGCCAAGGGCAAGGACUGGCAGCUGCUGGCGCAGAAAAACAGCAUCAGCAGGAAUCUCUCGUUCUUCGCCUCUCAGCGCAGCCCCUCCGCCGUCAUCCUGGACCUGUGGGAGGCGCGGCACCAGCACGACGGGGACCUGGACUCGCUGGCCUGUGCCCUGGAGGAGAUCGGGCGGACACACGCCAAACCCCCGGCCCCGCCCGAGCCCCAGCCCGAGCAGCCCGAGUUCCCCUCCAGCCGCCAGAACGGGCUGUAGGAGCUCAGAGCCGCGGGGAGAGCGGCUGGGACAGUGGGGACAAUCGGCUGGGACAGUGGGACAAUCGGCUGGGACAGUGGGACAAUCGGCUGGGACAGUGGGGACAAUCGGCUGGGACAGUGGGGAUAGCCUGGCUUGGACACCGGCACAGGGACCAGCCCAACUGGGACAUCAGGACAGCCCAGACUGGACAUCGGGACAGGGGCCAGCCCAAUUCGGACACUGGAACAGCCUGGAUUGGACACUGGGACAGCGGGGACAGCCCAACUGAGACAUGGGGACAGCCCAGCUCGGACAUCAGGACAAGGGCCAGCCCAACUGGGACACGGGGACAGUGCAACGGGGACAGGGGACAGCCCAAUUUGGACACUGGAACAGCCUGGAUUGGACACUGGGAUAGCGGGGACAGUCCAGCUCGGACAUCAGGAGAGCCUGGCACGGAUAUCAGGACAGGGGCCAGCCCAACUGGGACACCAGGACACCCC